AUCUACUAUCUAUAGUGUCUAUAGGCAGGCCCUCCUCUAUAGCCAGUUCUCCCAUCGCUAAAACAACACACGUGCAAGUCACUCAAGUCAGCCUACUUCACAUAUAUAGACUCAACGUACUACUAGGAUGACUACCUUCUCGCGACUCAUUCGCUUCUUGGCUAAAGACGGUUGCACCUACUACGGAGAUGCUAUCCUGUCUGCGGGAGUCAACGAUAUUGCCCAUGUCACCCGAGCACGGGUCAUCGAGGGAGAUAUAUUCGGUUCGCAUCAAGUUACACACCGGAUCGCUGAGGUGGAGAUGCUCCUGGCGCCGUUGGCGAGAGAUGACAUUGGAACCGUGCGAUGCCUGGGACUGAACUACGAACAACAUGCGAAAGAGUCCAACCUUCCCUCACCAAAGUAUCCCAUCCUAUUUCACAAGCCCGCAACCUCUGUCACGGGGCCAUGCGAUGAUAUCCCGGUUUCUGCCAUGGCUCAGCGAACCGAAGGUCUAGACUAUGAAUGCGAAUUGGUAGUCGUGAUUGGCAAGGAAGCCAAGGAUGUGCCCGAGAGCGGGGCUUUGGACUACGUCCUCGGUUAUGCCGUAGGAAAUGAUGUCUCCCAUCGUGAAUGGCAGCUGAAGCUGGGAGGAGGCCAAUGGGGGUUGGGUAAAGGCUUCGAUGGAUGGGCGCCAUUUGGACCAGGUAUCGUAUCUUCCAAGCUGAUCUCUGAUCCGAACAGCUUGCAGAUCUCAACAAAAUUAAACGGCCAGACGGUUCAGUCUUCCUCCACCAAAGAUAUGAUCUUUAACGUAGCGGAGAUAGUAUCCUUCUUGUCCCAAGGAGCCACUCUUUUGCCGGGAGACCUGAUUUUCACUGGAACGCCCCAGGGCGUUGGUAUGGGUCGGAAACCUCCACUAUGGCUGAAUGACGGUGAUCUGGUUGAAGUUUCAUUAGAAGGCGUUGGCUCAUGUCUGAAUCGCAUCGUGUUUGACAAGCUCUCGUCUAAGCUGUGAAAUGAUAUUUUCACAGGCCCUGUAUCCUUGAACUUACUCGUGUUGAAGCAAACCGCCUAUUUAACGGCCCGCUGUGGCCUUUCUAUAAUAACUCAGAGUGUC